ACUUGGGAUGCUCCCAGAAGAUGUCUUUAGAUAGUAGCAUUGAGCACGCCGAGAGAUUGCUUCACAAUCUGAAUAUCGCCGAGAACGUGGUUCAGAGUCGUCGACAAGGACAAGAACAGGAACGCUCAACACGCGAUCAACUGGUCCCUCUUCAGACCAGCAUUCGCACGCUUUACCAAGCGACAAAUAACGUCACCUCACAAGUUCAGUCUGUCGAAUCACUAGCUAACGAUGCGAACUCAGCCGAGGGCCUGUCUAUUGCAGAAGUAUGCUCACUCCAUGGCGAAAUCAAGAAGCUUGAGAAGGCCGCUUCCAACAUUCAAGCCGCACUUGAUGCGCUCCAUGAGGUCACCCAUCAUUCCAUUUUUCUCAAACUCAGUUCGUAUGGAGGCCGGGGCGGGAUCGUUGGUAAUAAGAUUUUACCACAUUUCGAGAAGCAGGUAAAAGACAUUAUUCGCGAUGUCUUAAAUGACAAUGGCGAUACCACGGCGUUGUGGAAGGUGGCUGAGGAGUGCUAUGAACAAGCCACGAAACCUUUUGGAAAACUCGAUGCUGAGAACUACUUCGCUCCACUCGAAGAAGCCUAUCUACAAUGGCCAUACGAUCCGGAUUUCGAGAGCGAAGAGUACUAUGAGCAUGAGAACCGCCUUGACGUGGACGAGGAUUACGCUGCAGCUUUCCAAGAAAAGAUCCAACGCAGAUCCGAUGCGCGCCAGCAAGACCGUAAGGCUUGGCCCAAAUUUUGGAUCGCAGUAUUGAAUGAAGUUCCCGAUGGACCAACCUUGUUCUGUCCACCAGCCCGUUUGCAUACACCAUUAUCAUUUCUGGAGGACGUCCCGCGAUACUUGUUCCGAACCUUCGACGGGACCAGCUCGGGGAAGAAUGACAGUAGCGUUGUGGCUUCGAUAGCGAGCGUUCUCAUGCCAAGCAAAAGCCGGCACGAUCUUCUCUCAAUGGACGAAGAUCGUGUCACUCAACUGCUGUAUCAGCACCUGAACAAAAGUUGCUUUGGAGGCGAUGGAUCUGAUAAUUUGAUGUCCUGGACAAGCUCGCUUCUCUUCGCUAUACAAUACGGUAUUUGGAGGGCAAACAUCCGCGGAAUUUCGCUCUCUGACAUCAAGAUCUGUGCAGUCGACACCAGUAACUUUCCGAAAGGCCAGUUCGUCCAAGAUUUAUGUUUACUUGAGGCGUAUCGUGUAGCUGCCCAGGACGCGGACAAGGACACAAGAGAAUUUUUCCGCUUCCGACUUGAGACUGACGACUUCUAUAAUGGCGAAUAUCUUUCUCAGGGACAAGUUAACCAUGCCGGACGAUCAUGUGUAGCCACUCUUGAACACCUGCUGAACUCUGGACUUCGCCAAUUAUACCCCGAGUUCGAGGAUCCCAGAGGUGCUGAGAAAUGGACAAAACGAGUACUGGAACUGCGACGGAACUGGUCUUCGGAACAAUUCACGACUGACCAGGAGAUUGAACUUGCACUUGAAGUGGCACGCAGAUGCUUUGAAAAAUACAAUUCAUCCGAGAUCGCUUUAAUCCUCCUGGGUUUCAAGAAUCGCAAGCACUCCAGGCUAGAAUCUACAGACAAUCCAGGUCAAUUCAACAGAAGGCCGCCAAAAUGGGCCGAAAAGCCAGUGGAAGUCCAUCGAUACUGGAUCGCCACUGAAGGACUUCAUUGCUACAGUCGAUACCCACAAGCGCGGAUCAAUGGUUUUUUUCUACAACGCCACAAAGCACUACGAGAGAUUCUCAGCUGAUAUUGUAGUCGCAGUGUCGUCUGCGCGAGGAUUCAACGAGACUACCAAUGGCUGUGCGAACGAUUUUCGAACGCGAUGUUAAAGGGUUGCGCAGAAACCAGUCAGUUCUAGUGUGUCGGAGGAGCAAGAUGAGGGACGCGGGACGGCGGAGAUAGGUUGGCCUAUUGAUUGCCUUAUCACCAAUCCUCAACGACCCUGCCAUUGGCGCUGCUAAUCGAGGCUCCCAAUGUCGGACUCCGGAUGCAGGGUCGCAUACAGCAAUGCAACCAGCGGCAAGGCGUGGCUAAGCAGGCUUCGUGCCUCAGAAUCAUGGGAGCGCCAACACAGCGAAUAAAUUGCUGGUCUGUGACCAAAAUGCCAUCACAGCACCACCAACGACGCGUUUGCUGGAGAUCUAGGCGUAGACAAAGAAGUUCAGCGAGAAGAAUUAACAUGUCUCUGGACCUGUGUGCAGCGAUUGCGUGCCCACUGGAAAUCCGAAUAAAUACCAGAUCAUCAAUCCCCGCGUGCAAGAGUGAUUCAAAGAGGGAGGAUCUCAAUAAGUGUCUAAGAUAAACUACAAGUCCUGAGAGAGGAGCGCAUUUCGCUUCGCUAGGCUGGUAA